CGUCCAAGCCUGAGCCCAGCAUGGAGGAGCCCGAGGUCUUCCUGGGCCCCUGCGACGGGGCUCUCUGCGGGGUCCCCGGCCAGAAACGACGCUGCAUGUCGACCCAGGAGCCCCUGACCACGACCAGCCCCAGCGCCGAGGCUGCCUGGGGGGAGGAAGACGAGGAUGAGGAUGAGGAGCGCCCGCGGGGGGUCCCGCUGCGCCGCUCCUGCGCCCUGCGCAGCUCGGUCCGAGCGCGGGAUCCCUUCCGCAGGCACAGCUGGGAGCCGGGCGAGGCCCUGCGGGGGGGCCCCGGCUAUGGGCACCUCAGCGUGAGCCUCAAAGGGCUGAGCUCCAGCGACAUCGACUCCAGCGUGGAGCAGCUUCAUGGGCUGGGGGGGCACCAGAGGGACCCCCGGAGAGACCCCCUGAUCCACAGCAACGAUGACCUGGAGUCUCUGCUCUCCCAGGAUGAGGAGGAUGAGGCUGAUGUGCAGAGGGCACAGGAGGAUGCUCGGAGGCUGCCCAUGUACCGCGCUGGGCACAGCAUCAGCGGCUGCACCCUCUCCAAAUCAGCAUCCCUCAGUGUCAUCGACAGCUUCCCCGACCCAGAGGAACUUUCCCCCUUUGCCUCCCAGCAGAGCCUGGUCAAUGGCGUCGGCGCCGGGAGCUGCGGGCAGCUGGCGGGAUCGGCGGGGUGCCAGAGCUGGGAAGAGACCCCCCUGGGCCGGACACUCAGCUUCAUCAAGAGGAUGACGGGGAAGACGAAGAGCAAAGACAAGGAGAAGAUGAAGGAGGGGAAGGAGAAGGACGCCCGCUACACCAACGGGCACCUCUUCACCACCAUCACCGUGUCGGGCAUGACCAUGUGCUUCUCCUGCAACAAGAGCAUCACGGCCAAGGAAGCUCUGAUCUGCCCCACCUGCAACGUCACCAUCCACAACCGCUGCAAGGACACGCUGCCCAACUGCACCAAGGUGAAGCAGAAGCAACAGAAAGCCGCGUUGCUGAAGAACAGCUCUGCGCUGCAGUCGGUCUCGUUGCGCAAUAAGACUGCCAUCCGGGAGCGCCCCAACUCGGCCAUUUACCCCUCGGAGAGCUUCCGACAGACGCUGCUGGGGCCGCGCCGCGGCCGCCCCUCGCUCUCCCUCUCCAAAAGUGUUUCCACCACCAACAUCGCGGGGACGUUCAAUGAUGAGUCUCCCCUGGGGAUCCGGCGGAUCCUCUCCCAGUCCACGGAUUCCCUCAACAUGCGCAACCGGACGCUCUCGGUCGAGUCGCUCAUCGAUGAAGGCCCCGACGUCAUCCUCAACCAGCUGAUGAGCGACUUCGAGACGGACGGGAAGGACUUUGAGGCGGAUUCCUGGAGCCUGGCCGUGGACAACAGUUACCUGCAGCAGCACAAGAUGGAUGUCAUGAAGCGCCAGGAUGUCAUCUAUGAGCUGAUCCAGACAGAGAUCCACCACGUCCGUACUCUGAAGAUCAUGGCCAACAUGUUCCGUGCUGCCAUGCUGGAGGAGCUGCAGGUGGAUCCAGCCACGGUGCAGAAGAUCUUCCCGUGCGUGGACGAGCUGGGUCAGAUCCACGAGCGGUUCCUGGCCCAGCUCCUGGAGCGGCGCCGGGAGUCCCUGGCCCAGGACAGCAACAAGAACUUUGUCAUCAACCGCCUCGGGGACAUCCUGGUCAACCAGUUUUCGGGCACCAGCGCGGAGCAGCUGAAGAAAUGCUACUCGGAGUUCUGCAGCAAACACACCAAGGCUGUGAAGGAGUACAAGGACCUGCUGGCCCGGGACAAACGCUUCCAGCAGUUCAUCCGGAGGAUGACACGGUCCCCGCUGCUGCGCAGACACGGGGUGCCCGAGUGCAUCCUGCUGGUGACGCAGAGGAUCACCAAGUACCCCGUGCUCAUCGAGCGCAUCCUCAGGAACUCCAAAGACAACGAGAGCGACUGCGCCGACCUGUCGCGGGCCCUGAGGCUGGUGAAGGAGCUGAUCUCGUCCAUCAACGAGGAGGUGCACACGUGUGAGAUGAACGCUCGCCUGUGGGACGUGUACCGGCGCGUGGACGGGCGCGCCAAGGUGCAGCUGCCCUGGGAGAGCCGCGCCGGCGUCUUCGGCAAAGACGAGCUGCUGCGGAGGAAGCUGGUGCACAGCGGCUGCAUGCUCUGGAAAACGGCUGCAGGGCGCUUCAAAGACGUCCUGGUGCUGCUGAUGACCGACGUUCUCAUCUUCCUGCAAGAGAAGGACCAGAAAUACACCUUCCCCAUGCUGGACAAACCAGCCGUCAUCUCCCUGCAAAACCUGAUCGUGAGGGACAUUGCCAACCAGGAGAAGGGGAUGUUCCUCCUCAGCGCCGCGCCGCCGGAGAUGUACGAGGUGCACGCCGCGUCCCGCGACGACCGCAACAACUGGAUGAAGGUCAUCCAGCAGACAGUCAGCCUCUGCCCCAACCGCCAGGACUUUCCGCUCAUCGAGACGGAGAUCGAAGCGUCCUUACGCAAGCUGAAAGACCGCAUCCUGCAGCACGACAGGAAGAUCACGGCGCUGCUGGAGGAGAAGGUCGUGCUCUUCGCUGACAUGUUGGCCCUGGCCAGCGGCUGCGAGGAGCCGUCGCCCACCCUCACCCCUCGCACCCUCUUCCACUCCGACUCGGCCGAGGGCUCCCGAGGGGAAAAGCUGAUGCACGAAGCCAUCCGGGAAGUGGAGAGCCUGAAGGAAAUGUUCACGUGCAGCAGCCGCGAGCGGGACCCCAACAACCCCAGCGAGGCCGAGAGCUGCCCCAGCCCCAGCGCCAGCAACGGGGACAGCGGCAGCUUCAACGGCUCCCUGGAGCUCUGCAGAGCGGAUUCGGAGGCGGCGCAGAGGGAUGGGAAUGGCAACCAGGUCCUGCAGAGGGUACCCCAGGAGGAGAUCAACCAGCGGCUGGUGAACCUCUACACCCUCCUGCACGGGCUCCAGGCCGUGGUCAGCCAACAGGACACGCUGCUGGAGCUGCAGCUGCAGGAGGGUCCCGAGCGGCCGUCGACGCGUCGCUCAGCGCCGGCGCCCGCGGCAGAGCCCGCGGCACCCACAGCCGAGGCGGCGGCGGGCACGGCCCCGGGGCGAGGCGGGGACAAGGCGGGCGCCACGGAGCUGGCGCUGCUGCAGAGGCAGCACGGGCUGCUGCAGGAGGAGCUGUGCCGCUGCCGGCAGCUGUGCCAGGAGCGGGCGCAGGAGGCGGCGGCGCUGGAGACGCGGCUGCGGGACAGCGAGCGGGAGCGCGGGCGGCUGGAGCGGGAGCUGGACGAGGCGCGGAGGCAGCUGGGGGCGCUGCGGCACGAGGCCGGCGCGCGGGGCCGGCGCGGCACAGACCCCCGGCGCAGGAGCCUCCCCGCCGGGGACGCGCUCUACCUCAGCUUCACCCCGCCGCAGCAGCUGAGCCACAGCCCCCACUCGGGCAGCUUCUCGUACCCCCACCCAGCCUUCGCCCCCUGCCCCCGGGACGAGGCCGAUUACCGGGGCGGGGGGGUCGAUCCCGACCGGCUGCGGGACCCCGAGGACGGGCUGGACACGCUCCUGGAGGAUGAGGGUCUGGGCAGCCGCUGCUCUCCCCCCGCCAGCCCCCGAGACUUCCUGAGGAUGCAGGAUAUUCCCGAGGAGGUGGAGAGCAGCCAGGAGCUGAAGGAGAGCGACGGGGACAGUUAGGGGACACCCCCCCAUCCAGCCCCCCCACACCGCGAGGAGGUGCUGGGGGUCUGCUCCAGCUGGGGGAGGGGGACGAUGGAUUCCAGCAGGAUUGGGGGGGCAGCACCCAGGGGUGUUUGGGGGAGCUGCUCUUCCCACGGGAGCCCUGGGAGGGGGGGAGUGAGGGGUCUGGUUGCCCCCCUUCCCCUCCCCCAAACUGGUUGGGGGGGGGGGGCAACGGUUUGAGACCGAUGUGGCCCCCCCCGGCUGGGGUUUAUUUAUUUAUUUUGCUGUUUUGGGGAGGGGGAGGUGCCUUCCCCACCCCCCCACCCCCCUCCCCACCCCGGGACCACCCCAUCUGUACCACCUCAGCCCAGGCUUUUGGGGUGGGGGUGCGGCGGGGCGGGGGGUGGGGGCUGGGGGGGGUGGGUUCGUUGCUUGGUCGGUUCCCCAAAAGUUUUAAUUGUAAAGAGGAGAAAAAAAAGGGAAAGAAAAUGGAAAAAAAAGAGGAAAAAAAAGCCAAAAGAGAAAAAAAAUACG